AUGGCUGACGCUCCCCGUGGACGUGGUGGAUUUGGACGUGGACGUGGUGAUCGUGGAAGGGGCCGUAGGGGUCCCCGUCGUGGAGCUCGCAAGGACGAUGAGAAAGAGUGGGUCCCUGUCACCAAGCUCGGUCGUCUCGUGAAGGACGGUAAAAUCAAGUCGAUGGAGGAGAUCUAUCUCUUCUCUUUACCUGUCAAAGAAUACCAGAUUGUUGACUUCUUCCUCCCCAAACUCAAGGAUGAAGUCAUGAAAAUCAUGCCCGUCCAGAAACAAACUCGUGCUGGUCAGCGUACCCGUUUCAAGGCUUUCGUUGCGAUUGGUGACUCCGAUGGUCAUGUCGGGCUCGGUGUGAAGUGCGCAAAGGAAGUAGCAACAGCCAUCCGUGGCGCCAUCAUCCUAGCCAAACUUUCUGUCAUUCCUGUCCGAAGAGGGUACUGGGGUACUGCUCUCGGAGAACCUCACACUGUGCCCUCGAAGGUCAGCGGAAAAGUUGGUUCGGUUAUGUGUCGUCUGAUUCCGGCGCCCCGUGGAACGGGCAUCGUCGCUGCACCUGCGUCAAAGCGUCUUUUGGAGCUUGCUGGUGUACAAGAUGUGUACACGCAAUCGAAGGGUUCAACUGCUACUAUGGGUAACUUCUUGAAGGCUACCUUUGCUGCUAUCACAAAAACAUAUGCCUUCCUUACGCCUGAUCUGUGGCGUGAGAUACCUGUCUCGAAGCUACCCUUCGACGAGUACAGUGCACAUCUCGCACUGGCCUCAGGUGGAAAGAAGGCUUACUAG